AUCUGUCAAACCGCCCGCUCGUUGCGCGAGCAAAACAUUCAGCUCGUGCAAUUGUUUUUCCACCUUUCGCAAACACCGUAUCAGCAAAAGCCGGUAUUUAAAGUAGAAGUGAGAACAGUGCACAAUGGCACACUUACUACGGUUCGCCAGUCAGCGGUCUGUAUGUGGGGCUUUAAUGCAACCACCGGUUCGAGUCGGAUCGUGGAGGACAUUCAGUUCGGGAGGAUUGCCACCAACACCGUCCUCAGCAGAUUCUUCCGAAGGAAAACCUUCCGUUGAAGGUAGCCCAAAAAUUGGUGGUUUUGCAAAAGCUUACCAAAAACACAGCGAAUCACUCAACCCGGAACUUCCCAACGAACCGCCAAAGACGUUCGCCGCCUUGCUGAGACAUUCAAAGUUUGUUGAUCUUGGCGAUCCGGAAGGAAAGGUUGUGACGGGAAAAAUAUUUCACAUAGUUGAGAAUGACCUUUACAUAGAUUUUGGCUGGAAGUUUCAUUGCGUCUGCACACGUCCCACAAAGAAUGGCGAAGAUUACGUGAGGGGUGCCCGAGUACGACUACGGGUUAAAGAUCUCGAACUGUCUACACGCUUUUUAGGAUCAAACAAAGAUCUAACCCUGCUGGAGGCCGACUGUCAGCUGCUAGGACUAAUUUCUUCUCCCGUUACCCGGUCACAGCAAACACGGAACGCGUAGUUGAUCAAGUGAAAGCACACAGUCAUCAGUCACGUACAUAAGAUGUAGAAAAUAUUACGAUCCAUAACCAUACCCAAAACUGUAUUUGCAUUUC